AAUAAAAAAUUGAUUGAGAAAAAAUAAAGUAAAAUUUGAACAGAGUUGUUUUGAACAAUUAAAAUAUGUUUUUAAAAUUUUUAUUCGGGUGCUUGCUCACAAUAUUAAUUGUUCCGAAAAUUAAUACUGAAGAUAUAUCGAAUCAAAAAGAAAAUCAAAGUGAAUGGGACGUCUUGAUAUUUACACAACAAUGGCCUGUGACAACUUGUAUUCAUUGGAUGGAAGAAAAUGAAAAUAAUAAAUGUGAUUUACCAACGCAAGAAGAAUUUUGGACAAUUCACGGAAUUUGGCCAACAAAAUAUGAGACCACAGGCCCAAGUUAUUGUAAUCAAUCAGCGGAGUUUGAUAUAACAAAAAUAUAUGCAAUUGAAGACAAACUAAAACUUUUUUGGCCUAAUAUUGAGGAAGGUAUGGGAACUGAUUCGCUGUGGCGACAUGAAUGGGAUAAGCACGGGACAUGUGCAGCUUCCGAUGAAAAUUUAUCCGAUGAAUUUAAAUAUUUUAAUCAAGGCUUAAAAUGGCGUAAUUCUUUUAAUAUGUCUGAAAUACUAGGAAAUGCUGGAAUACACCCUGAUUCUAAUAAUACCGUUAUUAACAUUUUGAAUGCAUUGAAAAGGACUCUAAAUAAAAAUCCAUCAAUUCAUUGUGUUUAUGAUCGUCAUAAAGACUUAAGUUUGUUAUCUGAGAUUAGAAUAUGUUUUGACAAAGCUUUAAACUUAAUCGAUUGCGAUCAAAUAACUGGUAGUCACAUUGCUAUUGAUUAUCCAGGUGGAAAAUUAAUAACUAAUUGUCAUAUAUCCAAACCAGUUGUCUACCCCAGUAGAUUACCUUCAAAGGCUAAUAACAAAACAAAAUAUAAAUUUAAUUUUCUAGAAGCAUUCAAAUUACUUAAUUUUAUUAUGUGGCUUACAUUAUAAAUUUCGUCUAAUAUUGGUCAACUGCUAAGAUUUGUGCUCUAGUGAGUUUUUUUUUUUUGUUUUUUUAGGAAAAUUUUUUUUUUUAAUUUUAUGAAAAAGCAAAAUUAAAAUGGAACUAAGUCAUUUAUGACUUUAAUAAUAGUAUUUUAAUAUAAUAAGAAGAAUAUAGAAAACAAAAAUAAUUUUAUGCAUAAACAUAAAUAAAAAAUUUGCCUAAUGAUAAAACAUAUGGUACAAUUUUCAAUCUUAAAACACUGGGGCAAAAUUUGUUUCACUAUUAUUAAUGUUAAAAUAUUAAUUAUUUAAGGUACAUGUUCGGCAAUUUCAAAAUUACAAUUGUUUCGAAAUUUCACUUAGUUUUCAUUAAAAAUUCAGUGUAAGCUAUUAUAAAUUAUGACGUAGUAGAUAAAAUUUUGAGGACCAAUAAUGUUUUUGAGAAGAGAAGUUAAUGAACUAUGCACAUUUUUACAAAACACUUAUUAAAAGCUAUUCAGAUUGUAAAAUAUUGAGGCUGUUUUUUUUUUCUUUUGUUUAUAUUUUGAUAUAUUUUACUUUCUAAUUAUUAAAGUAUUUAUAAUCUUAUAUGCAAAAUCUAUUAUUAUUAUUAUAUUCUAAUUUGAAAUUAAAAUAAUGUACAUACAUAUAUAAGUUUUUGUUGUUUUUACGACAAUAAUUAAGGUAAAAAUUUAUUUUUCAAUAAUUUAAAAAUCAAGGUCAACAAAUUAAAUAAUGAGCAAAAAUAUCGAUUUUUAGAUAACACAACUUAUUGCAACCUAUAGUGUUAGCCAAAUAUUUAAAAUGAAAACUUUUACUGAUUUGAAAAUACUAAUACGUAACAACAAAUUAGAAAAAAAAAAACUAAAAAUUGCGAUAUUAUCUAAAUAUAUUUUUUUUAUUUU